UGCGCCGAGCGCCGGGACAGGGCGUGUUCCUCUUCGGUGCCAGUUUUGCAGCGACCGGGUGUGCAUCUCUCGCCGCCGGGGCGCGUCCCACCGAAGCUUGUCGUUCCACGCCCGCCCCGUGCGGUGCUGCCCCCGCGACCAUGUCCAAGUCCCUGAAAAAGUUGGUGGAGGAGAGCCGUGAGAAGAACCAGCCGGAAGUGGACAUGAGCGACCGGGGCAUCUCCAACAUGCUGGACGUCAACGGCCUGUUUUCCUUAUCCCAUAUCACACAACUGGUCCUCAGCCACAACAAGCUAACAACGGUGCCACCAAACAUAGCAGAACUGAAGAAUUUGGAAGUGCUCAACUUUUUUAAUAACCAGAUCGAGGAGCUACCCACACAGAUCAGCAGCCUGCAAAAACUCAAACACCUCAACCUUGGCAUGAAUAGGCUGAACACCCUGCCUCGAGGAUUCGGGUCCCUGCCAGCUCUCGAGGUUCUCGACUUGACCUACAACAACUUAAAUGAAAAUUCUCUUCCCGGGAACUUCUUCUACCUUACCACCCUGCGUGCACUCUAUCUAAGUGACAACGAUUUUGAAAUCCUGCCGCCAGAUAUCGGGAAGCUCACAAAGUUGCAGAUACUCAGCCUCAGGGAUAAUGACCUGAUCUCGCUGCCGAAGGAAAUCGGAGAGCUUACCCAGCUUAAGGAACUCCACAUUCAGGGGAACCGCCUGACUGUUCUGCCCCCAGAGCUAGGAAAUUUGGAUUUAACUGGUCAGAAGCAAGUAUUCAAAGCUGAGAAUAAUCCCUGGGUUACCCCAAUUGCUGACCAGUUCCAGCUUGGCGUGUCCCAUGUUUUUGAAUAUAUCCGUUCUGAGACAUACAAGUACCUCUAUGGCAGACACAUGCAGGCAAACCCAGAACCUCCAAAGAAGAACAAUGACAAAUCCAAAAAGAUCAGCCGGAAACCCCUGACAGCCAAGAACAAAUAAGGAGCUGGCAUCAGUUGGACUUCCGGCCUCUCCUGUCACCAACACUGUCCUCUCUUGCUCUGUGUCUCAAGUAAACACAAUAGUGUGGCCUUUCUUUUUCUCUUUUCACUCUGUUGUUCUAGUACUUUCCACCUUACCUUUUAGAUUCUUUUUGGUAGGUGGUAGAUUGUUAUAAGGUCUUAAAACCUUUUCCAUUUGUUUCUUUAAAAUUGCCCAAGGCAGGGAACAAAGCUCUUAUUCAACUGCAAAUUCCAUAGUAGGCACAGGUUUCAGUUCCUUGAAUAGACAUCACAAGGUUGCUUAUUAUCAAAAGAAUAAUUAAAAUCAUGUAACCAUUUAAAUGUCACAGGUAACACUUUUCACUCUUUCUGUUUAUUCACAUUAUUUUGCUUUAUUAAAAGCCGCCUUUCACCACCAAGAUAUUAUGUUAAUUUAACUUACAAAUGAUUUUAAUAAAAUCUUGAAUUUGUAUCACA